AUGCGGCUUUACUCGGGUACGAUUCUGUGUGCGAUUGCAACUUUACUGAUCUCUGUGUCUACCGCCUCCAAAACGACGGGGAGCCAUUUAUCCACAAGGCUUCCACUACCGAUCGACAAACCAGAAAACAACUCGCUACCACGCUUCUUGAGAGUGUCCACGCAGAAUACAGAGAAUGGCGAGAACAGAGUGAUCAGCGCUGGGCUUGAAAAGCUCACAGACCUAGCGAAGGCGGGUGUAUCAAAGAUCAACUUGGGGUCCUGGAUCUCAAAGGACCCACCUGCAGAGCCGAUUUUGAGAAGGUUCAAGCUCACGAAUGGGAUGGACGAUGCUCUGGCUAGUCCCAACUUGAAGGCUCUGGAGAACUACGUCAAGGAGCUCAACACGCAGAAUAAUAACAAUAAGGCAUCCGUGAUUGGGAUGUUCAUGGCGCACUACGGGGAUGACGCCGUUGCGAACGCACUAAUGACAGCGCAGAGGGCAGGCGGCGAAAUGAACACGAUACAGCGGUUGCGGCAUGCCCAGCUACUAUCGUGGCUGCAAAAGAGAAAAUCUGUCGACGAUGUCUUCACCUUGCUCAAGCUUCGUAGCGAUGGGUAUCUAGCUCUUGCGAGUCCGAAGAUGGAGGUUUUGGACGACUACAUAAAGCUCGUUAUUAGCACGAAAUCCACGAAAGAUUCUUUGCUCAAGACCUUAACGAAGGGGUUUGGUGGAGAAGAGCAACUGGCAACGAUUUUGGCUCGAGCGAGAGAGGAUGUCAAAACUCGCGAACUGGCGUCGGCGUUGCAGAACGCGUUAAUUAACAAGUGGGUUCGAGUGGAAUUGUUGCGUCCGAAACACAUCUACAAGAAGUUGAGACUGAACCGUGGUUUGGAUGCUCUAUUGGACCGGAAUGUACACACUUUUGGGGCGUUUAUCUCCAUGUACAACGCAAAGAACCCAAACAGCAAGGCUUCAUUGAUUGACAGCUUUGUUGCGCAAUACGGGAAUAAGGCGGUGGCGACGGUGCUCACUUUUGCCAAGCCUGACGAUGCUGCGACGAUGAAUUUGGUGAUAACUCUACAGAAGCAACAGUUUCUCAAGUGGAAGGAAGGUGGAAUAUCCGCGAACAGUGUCUUCAGACUACUGGAUAUUCACUUCAAUGAUUUGUUAUCUCCCACGAAUCCGAAGUUUGAUACAUUGAGUGGCUACCUCACGACUCUCAACAACAAAAAUCUCCUGUACAAUGAGGGUAUGCUUAGGGCCGUUAGCAAAGGCUUUGGUGGUGAGGACGAACUCGCCAUCCAGACAACAAGGGCAAGGGAGCACUUAAUACGAAACGGCCAUGCGGACCUCGAUGAGAUCUCGAUUGCUACCGAGUACCAGCGAAUGUUGUUUGGGCGAUGGUUCAAGCGCGAAACUGAGCCUAGUGACAUUUACGGUACAAUCUUCCGUUCCAGCGAAAAUACAGCUUCCAAUUUGGAGCGCGCGACUGCAGCUCGAUACAAGGACUACUACAAAAAAAAGAUGGCUCCUCCUCAUAUUGACACCUCCAUCAAUCCUAGACGUUGA